CGCCGAGUCAACUGCCGCAACCAAAUUGCAAUCCUUCGUUACAAAAGGGCCUGGCAGUCAGCCCAGGUCAUAUCGACAGGCUGUCACUGGUUGAGAGCAUCUUGUAGGGGUUUUCGAUAUGUUCGCUAGCUAGGUUGCACAAGCUGCUGAUAUAAUACUUCUCGUUGAAUCUCACACACCCACGACGACGAAACGACACGUUAUGGCCUCACGAUUUACACGUUCAAAUCUCCAUCAGCGCGAUCCUCGUGCUUCAUCAUCCCUGUUCGACUCCUAUGGCGGCGAUUCGCGGCCGGCCAGUCGAUCCCCUGGCCGCAUAGGCGGAUACGGGUACGGAGGCUAUACUUCACCGACUGGCGAGGGCUUGAGGAAUAACGGGCCUACAGGAGGGUACAGAACAGCAACCCCGAAUAAAAAAGGCCAUUAUUCGGAUGCUGUUCUUGACCACCUCGAGUCACAAAACGAUGCGGAAGUGGAGGGAAUCAGCGCGAAAGUCAAGAUGCUGAAAGAUCUAACCGUAGCUAUUGGUGACGAGAUUCGAGAUACGUCGGCAAUCUCAGAUCUCAAUAACACUUUCGAGACCACCAGAGUGCGUCUUCGCGGUAAUAUGACCCGUAUGCUGCGGAUGGCAGAACGCACCGGUGUGGGUUGGCGAGUCUGGCUGGCGUUCUUCCUGGCCGUCUUCUUGCUAUUCGCAUACGUGUGGAUAACCUAGUCGAUGGGCGCAGGCACCCUUCUCAAAAUCGCUCAGCUCAAUUCUGUCGCAAGUAUCAGUGCACACAUGCGGUAUGGUAUAUGCACAUACAAAACGGGAUCCGUUUCUUGCUCAGCACGCAUGUCAUCCUAUCUGUUUUCUUGUGCUUCGUUACACCUUCCUCUUCAUACUAAUGUUUCUUUCUUCUCGACCAACAUGAUUCAGGCAUCGUGGUGUUUUUUUCUCCACAGUAAACGGGCCUUCAGGCGUUGCACUUCACAUAAACACUCGAAUUACCUCGGCAUUUUGUUCUUGUGGAAAAUGUACUUAAUACUUGUCGUCUCUUUCUCAUGCUAAGCCAUCUUCAAUGCUAUGACUGAGCAUCGUCGGAGUUUGGUCUCUUGGGCGGUUUAGGGCUACCCACUCUAAUCAAUUGACAGAGAUCUUAGUG